UUUUGACAUGGAUGACGAAGAAUAUUAGUUGUUUUGGAACAUCGAACAAAAUUCUUCCGUAGAAAUUCUGUUAUAGUUGAGAAAUCAUAGUUUUCCCUUAGAGGGUGCAUAUUACCCCCUCUCCCCCUAAAAUGUGUUUCACCGUGAUGACAACAUACACAGUAAUUUCUGUUGAUGACACCAUCAUAUUAGAAGUGAUAAAAGUGAUGCCUUAUGACUAGUAAAAUUGAAAAUCUGAUUUCAAAUUCAAAUUACCUUCAGUGGAAUGUUCGGUUACGGAAACAAGAUAAUUUUCUUAAAAUGAACGCUAUAUAAAAAUUUUCCCCGAAAUAUUUAAGUUGCAUAGUAAAAACGUUCUGUGAAGACUCUUACCGAUUGAGUCUGAAUUGAUUUUCUUAGAAAGGAUGUUGUUUCUCGUGCUUCUGCUAAAUGUUGUUCAAAUUUCAUUUUCGUUAAUUGAUUACUCUUUAGUUAAAGAGUUUGUAAAAAAAGAACAUGCAAACACAAUAAUUCUGUUCGAUUGCGAAAAAUUAAAUGAAACAAAAAUCUACAAACAGCUAAGUGAAAAUUUCUUUGGAUCCAUCCAUCGCUUUGAAAUGGAGAAAAAUCGUUUCAACAGCGAUUAUCGCCGUUUCAUGUCUGCUGAGCAUUUUCGAUUUGCGGUUAUUGCAGAUUUGAGUUGUAGAAACAGUUAUGAUCUUCUCACCUUGUGCUCAACAAACUCAUACUUUAAUGGAUCAUAUCGGUGGCUCAUGUUUGCUCAGCACGAUUUGGAUGUGACAAUGGAUUUUAUGGAAACCCAGAAUUUAAACAUCGAUUCCAGUGUCACCAUCGCUGUUACUUCAGAAAAAAGUAAAAUUGAUAUAUUCGAGAUGUAUGGUACAGUCCACAAGCGUGGAGGUAGAAUAAACGCGAUGAAAGUUGCUGAAUACAGCCAAGGUAUUAUAAACUGGGCAUGUUCUACAAAAUUAUAUAGCGUUCGAAGCGAUCUGAAAAGACUUCGAUUAGUUUCUGUUGUAGCGACACUUGGCACAACCCUUAACGUCACGCUUGAGGAACAUUUGCGAUCAUUGAAACCAGCCAGGAGCUAUGCGUUUGAUCGGUUUACCUAUCAAAUAGUGCAACUAUUGCGCCAACGACUUAACUUCAAAGUUGACUUUCUCAGGACACGUGACUACGCUUUGGAAGCCAUUGGAACUAAUUCAACCAGUGGAAUAAUUGGACAGCUUCAACAAAAUUUAGUGGAUUUCUCAAUAACUCCUAUGGCAAUUACAGCGGAACGAAUAGGCUCAUUUGAUCAAACGGUAGGAAUUUUAGAUGUGAGAAUCAUGACAGUGUUUCGACACCCGAAGGAUUCAGGAGUACGGCACAUUUUUUUGAAACCGUUCGAGAAUUUAGUGUGGGUUGGAAUAGGAGUUAUUGUGCUGGUAUCGAUUUUUGUAUUGGCAAUGGCAUUCGGCACAAAACGACGGUGCUCUUUGGACUUUUUGCAGUGUGCAACUGCUGUUGCUGGCAUGAUUUGCCAACAAGGCAGUAUAGACAAAACAGCAUUCGGAUUAUCUAGGAUAGCGACAAUUGCAGUGGUUGUAUUCUCAAUAUUGAUUUAUCAAUUCUACUCAUGUUACUUCAUCGGAUAUUUUCUAGUGUUGCCACCGAAACCUAUUCGAACGUUAGAGCAGUUGCUCACCACCAACAUUAAGGUAUCAGUUGAAGAUCUCUCCUAUAACCGUGAUUUUUUCAAGAAAACAAAAAUUGCAAUUGCUCGUGAGUUGUACGACAAGAAAAUAUCCACCAAUGAAUUCGGUUUCACAAACGUCAGCAUGGGAAUAGCUAUGGUAAAACAAGGUGGAUAUGCCUUUCAUUGUGAUACGACUUAUGGCUACAGACUUGCAUUGGAAACAUUCACUGAACAGGAAAUAUGUGACCUACAAGAGGUGUAUUUGUACCCGGUGCGUUCUAUUCACAUAAAUUUACCAAAGGGGAGCCCAUUGAAGGAACCGUUUCGAGUGACCCUGAGACGAUUGAAGGAAAUCGGACUGAUGGAAUACUACACAAAGAAAUUGACGACAAAGAGGCCGGCUUGUCUGAAAAAUAAUUCCGGCUUUCUUCAGGUCUAUUUGGCAGAGGUCGUCGAUUUGUACUGGAUUUUGCUGUUUGGAGUUGGCACAAGUUUUGUUUUUUUCGUACUGGAAAUGUUGAGCCGUCGAAUAUGUGCUUACAUUGAAAUGAAGAAAUUUGCUAAGAGUUACAGGGGUUGGAUCAAUUGAGAAUCUUUGAGGUUAAAUUUUACGAUUAACAAGUCAGCAUCUCACCACGCAACAUGUUUAAUAAGAGUUUAAAGCACCAUUUUCCUGCAAUGUCUUAAAUGAAUGCUGAAGUUAUAACUAUUAGUCAGGAUAACUUUCAAAGCGCUUUAGCAAAAAGUGACUACAGAAAGAAAUACAUAUUCAUACAUAUCAUAUUCAAAAAACUGCAAACGCUACCAAA